UCCAAUUCGAGUUCUAUUUUCCAUAAACCAAAAAGCCAUGGCUUCCACCGGCACCACCAGCACCUACGAUUUCCAAUUCUACGCCUUGGCCGCCUCCGUUUGCUUUAUUUCCACCCUCCUCCUCCGCUCCCUAAAGAACCGCCGCUCGAAAUCCAAACCCGCCUUGAACCACCCUCCAAGCCCGCCCCGGCUCCCGAUCAUCGGCCACAUCCACUUGCUAGGCGCCGUGCUGCCCAAAUCCCUCCAGAGCCUGGCCUCCGAGUAUGGCGGGAUAAUGAAGCUCGCCUUCGCUUCGCAGUCGGCCAUCGUCGUGUCUAACGAGACCUUUGCUAGAGAAAUGUUGAAAAACCAUGAACUGAGCUUCGUUUCGCGGCCGAGCUUCGGAGCCUCCGAUUUCAAUAUCUAUGAAGGAUCCGAGUUCGUCAAUGCAGAGUAUGGAACGUACUGGCGAUUCAUGAAGAAGCUCUGCAUGACGGAGCUCCUCUCGGCCCCGCAAAUCAACAAGUUCGUCGACAUCCGGCGGGAGGAGAUGAUGAGGCUCGUCGGGGUCCUCGUCGACUCCUCGUCCAAACGGGCGGCGGUCGACCUUGGCGAGGAGCUCAUGGUCAUGACCAACAACGUCAUCUGCCGGAUGGCCAUGAGCACGCGGUGCUCGUCAAGCGCGGACGAGAGCAAGGAGAUCCGGAGGCUGGUGAAGGGGAUCCUGGACCUGGCGCCCAAGUUCAGCCUGGGGGAGCUGCUGGGGCCGCUGGGGAAGCUGGACCUGUUCGGGUACGGGAAGAAACUGAAGGAGCUGAUGAGCCAGUUCGACGACCUGGCGGAGAGGAUCAUGAGGGAGCACGAGGAGAGGAGAGAGAGUAAGGAGGAGAGAGAGAGGAGGGACAUGAUGGAUAUCUUGUUGGAGAUUUCCGGGGAUGGGAGUGCUGAAGUGAAGAUUACUAGGAAAGACAUCAAGUCUUUCUUGAUGGAACUCUUCAUGGCGGGCACAGAGACAGUGAGUGUGGCCUUGCAAUGGACACUGGCCGAGCUCAUCAACCAUCCAGAGGUGUACAAGAAGCUCAGAGAUGAGAUUCGGACCGUCGUCGGAUCCGAUAGGCUAGUCGAGGAAUCGGACGUACCGAACCUUCCUUACUUGCAAGCCGUUGUCAAAGAAGGCCUCCGGUUACACGCCCCAGCGCCGAUGAUCUUCCGAAAAGCGAGGGAAGACUGCAAGAUCCUCGGCUACGAUAUACCGGAGAAUUCGAGGAUCAUAUUCAACGUGUACGCGAUCAUGCGGGACCCGAACUCGUGGGAAGAACCGACGAGGUUUGUGCCGGAGAGGUUCUUCGUCGGCUCCGGCACGGAGAAGCAUUACUUGAAUCAGGUGGACAUCAAGGGCCGGACGUUCAAUUACCUACCGUUCGGGAGCGGACGGAGAGGGUGCCCCGGGUCGUCGCUGGCGUCCACAGUGAACCAUUUGACAGUCGCGACGUUGGUCCAGUGCUUUGAUUGGAAGAUCAAGGGCGGGGACAAGUUUGACAUGGCGGAAGGAUCAGGGCUCUCGUCGGGCGUGGCAAAUCCCAUAGUGUGUUAUCCCAACACGCACUUUAAUCCAGGGGACGAUGCUAUCCCCACCGAGUGACCGUCACAUCAGUUGAUAUCAAUAUAACUUUUUAAAAUUUGUCAUGUUGGGCGCUCCAACGGUUAGGAAAGUACUAUGGAUGUCGUGCCCGAGGAGGACGGACGGACUCGAAAUCCUCUUCUAUCGUUUUUCAAAGGAGGGAACAAAAAUAAUGAAUCUCAAAUAAGAACGUAGUAUGAGCUUGGCUCGUUUGGUUUAGGACAGAUUCGAGUCCAUGGGUCCGUUCUUGUAUUGACGUUUACUCUUUUUUUUGGUAAGUGAGAUCCCUGUAUUUCUUCUUGUCUUGAAGUUUUGCCUCGUACUAAGACUUCAUUUUCCACCUGUUGUACCAUUAUAUUGCACUAAAGGGAUACAACAAUGCUAUCUCCGCCACUCA